AUGGAGUUAAAAGGAAAGGUCGCUUUGAUAACGGGCGCGGCGGCUGGCAUCGGACUCGCGUACAGCGAAGAGUUGCUCAAGCAAGGAGCCAAGGUUUCGUUAUGCGACAUUGAUUCUGAAAUCGGAGAACAAGUAGCCGACGAGUUGGGCGCGAAGUAUGGCCGGAAGAAUGUGUUGUUUUGUCAAUGUGACGUUACUGAUUACCCGCAAUACGAAGAGGCUUUUGAAAUGACAAUUAAAGUUUUUAAUCGCUUGGACAUAGUGAUCAACAACGCUGGUGUGAUGAACGACAGAUUUUGGGAAUUAGAAGUUGACGUUAAUUUGAAUGGGGUCAUCCGAGGAACUCUUCUAGCUUACCGGUUCAUGGGCAAAGACCGCGGGGGUCAAGGAGGCACCAUUGUCAAUACGGCAUCCACUGCGUUCGUUCGGCCACAAGUGUCGACUCCCAUUUACACUGCCACUAACUACGCUGUAGUUGGACUCACUAGGUCAUAUGGGGAUCAAUAUCACGUAAAUUUGACUGGUGUCCGGAGUAUAGCUCUGUGCCCGGGACUGACAGACACAGGACUUGUAAAGGAAAUACGCAAACAGCUCAUGUCGUCUGAAUACGAGGCCGCCUGGCAACGAGAUAAUGCUAACAGCAAGGCUCAAAGUCCUGAGCACGUGGGCAGGACAUUGGUAGAAGUGUUGAUGAAAGCCCAAAGCGGGACUGUCUGGAUUGUAGAAAAUGGACAACCGGCCAGGGAGUGGCGUGGG